ACUAAUAAAACACUAAGCAUAUAAUUGCUUGGAAAUUUCUUUUGUUAUUUCUAAUUAAAGCAUUAUUUUUUGUGCCUUUUUUAUAUUUUUUUUUUCCACAUUUUCACAGUUUGAUUGCAAUUUUAAUAAGUAAUGUUUUAAUCCAGUAUAUAAGACUGCCCUGUUUCUUUCCUUUUCACUUGUAAUCAUGAGUUCAAACGUGCUUUGUUUACACUGCUCGCGUCUUGUUGCAAAUCAUCAUCAAGCAAUUGAUUGUGAUUCUUGCGGAGGAUGGCAACAUCAUGCUUGUAACACUGGAUGGCACCGCAGAUUGAAUUACAUUACCAAUGGACCACCUCCCUUCUACAUCCUAGUUGAAAAACUACAUGAAGAGUCACAGCGCCUAAGUCUGCAGAUGAAGCUAGUGUCAGAAAGUAAGCUGAAAAAAGCUCAGAGGAAACAAGUGAGGUCUAUGCAGACAAAGAUUUUUAAUAUGUGGGAGCAAUAUGAAUCAGACUCCUUGACAACAUCUAAACUCUUAAAGAAACUUUCACGUGUUUAUGCACCAGUGUUUGAAUAAUUCAGAUGAUUAGACAUUUCAUGGAUCAGUGUUUGAAUAGUUCAAAUUAUUAGACAUUUCAUGGAUCAGACUUAGAAAUAGUGCAUCUCUAAUAUUAUUUAUUUUGUAAAUAUGUAUAAAAUGUUUGAAUAGUGAAUAGUUUGAUAAGACAAUUAUGGAGCAACUAGUGUUUAGUUUCAGCGAUGAAAUAGUGCAACCAGUACCUGCAGCUCUAAUCAUGCUAAUAUUAUUUAUUUUGUAUUUUGUGUAUAUGUGUAUAAGUUAUUAAGAGUUUUUACAGAUAUAUAUAUAGGAUUCUGAUAAGAUAGCUGCAGAUGCAUAUAUAUAAAACAAAAUUAGGGUGAAAAAUAAAGUAUUUAAAACAGA